CUGGCUCCGGCGCAAAUGCUCCAACAAGCCGGGGGAGAGGUGAAGGAAUUGCAGUAUCUCAGCGAUGGAGCAUUUUUAGGACGUAACAACGAGCUCCCCCGUCGGAGAUAAUUGAACCGAGUCAUCUACAUGACCAAAGAAACAAGACCGGCAACGAGAAACGCAAGCGUAACAAUCAUGCAAUUUAAGUACAGACGAAUUUAAGCAACCGCUUCUUCAAGGUUACACCGCUUGAAGACGCCCCAGCAUCCCCCCCUCUUGUCGCAGAUCAGCUGGCGUACGUUGGUUGGUCGUUACCGGUACCGACCAUGUCCGUGGAGGAGCAGGGCUACCCCGACGCGAUGCUGUUGCUUGAGGCCGCGCCGGAGUGGAUGCGGGCCGAGAUCGAGCGUCUCUCCCGGGAGCUGAGUGAGACCACGAACGAGAAGAUCCAGGCGGCGGAGUACGGGCUGGCGGUGCUGGAGGAGAAGCAGCAGCUCAAACAGCAGUACGACGACCUGGAGAUCGAGUACGAGGCCGUCAGGCAGGAGGUUGACCAGCUGAAGGAGGCCUUUGGACAAGCCUACUCCAACCACAGGAAGGUGGCAGCAGAUGGGGAGAGCCGUGAGGAGUCACUCAUCCAGGAGUCAGCCUGUAAGGAGGCGUACUACGAGCAGAGGGUCCUGGAGCUGCAGACCGAGCUCCGCCAGGCACGCAACAUCCUCACCAAUACUCAGUCUGAGAACGAACGCCUGAUGACCAUCUCCCAGGAGAUGAGAGAGAACAGCCAGAUGGUGGAGCUCCAGAGGAAUCAGCUGCGUGACGACAUCAAGGAGUACAAGUUCCGGGAGGCUCGUCUGCUGCAGGACUACACCGAGCUGGAGGAGGAGAACAUCUCCCUACAGAAGCAGGUCUCCGUGCUCAAACAGAGCCAGGUGGAGUUUGAGGGUUUGAAACAUGAGAUCCGUCGUCUCGAGGAGGAUACUCAGUUCCUGAACAGCCAGCUGGAGGAUGCCAUCCGACUGAAAGAGAUCGCUGAGCGUCAGCUCGGUGAGGCCCUGGAGACCAUCAAGACAGAGCGUGAGCUGAAAGCGUCCCUGAGGAAAGAGCUCUCCCACUACAUGAACAUCGGAGACACUCUGUGUCACAGCCCUCUCAGCAUUUCUCUGGAUGGUCUCAAGUUCAGCGACGAUGCCGCAACCGAGCCCAACAACGACGAGGCUCUCCACGGAUACGAGAAUGGCUUCACCAAACUGGCCAAUGCCAUUAACUACGACAACCGCAUCUCCACACCUACGAAGGAAGAGCUGUUCCAUCCUGCGCCCAGCCUCGUGGACGACCUGCUGAGCGAACUCAACAUCUCAGAGAUCCAGAAGCUCAAACAGCAGCUGAUGCAGAUGGAGCGUGAGAAGGUCAACCUGCUGUCCACUCUGCAGGACUCCCAAAAACAGCUAGAGCAGGCUAAUGGCGCUCUGUCAGAGCAUCAGGAGAAGGUCAACCGCCUCACGGAGAACCUUAACGCCAUCCGCAAGCUCCAGGCCAGCAAGGAACGCCAGUCUGCUUUGGACAACGAGAAGGAACGUGAUAGCCAUGAGGACGGAGACUACUACGAGGUAGACAUCAACGGACCUGAGAUUCUGGAGUGCAAGUACAAGGUUGCUGUGUCUGAAGCAGGAGAGCUGAAGGAGGAACUGAAGACCCUGAAGACAGAGUACCAGGCCUGUCAGUCACGUUACGAAGAGGAGCGAGCCCGUCUGGAGAGCGAUGUCACAACGCUGGGAGGGAAGCUGGCAACUCUGGAGAAGACCAGCCAGUCAGAGAGGGAGGAGAAGGCUAAGCUAGAGAAGGAGCUGCGCAAGCUGAGCGACAUGGCAGGAGAGUCGCAGGGUAGCCUUAGUGUGGCACAGGACGAGCUGGUCACCUUCAGUGAAGAACUGGCCACCCUCUACAACCACGUCUGCAUGUGCAACAACGAAACACCCAACCGCGUCAUGCUCGAUUUCUACAAGGAGGGCAAGGGCGGUCGGAGCAGCCCAGAGGGCCGUGGUCGCCGCUCUCCCAUUUUGCUCACCAAAGGCCUCUUCCCCGAGCCCAAUAAGAGCGACCUGAGCGACGGAGCCCCUUCGCCAGUCUCCUCACUGCCUUCUCCCGUGUCUGACCACCGCCGCGAGCCCAUGAACAUCUACAAUCUAGUGGCCAUCAUCAGAGACCAGAUCAAGCACCUGCAGCUGGCUGUGGACCGCACCACAGAGCUGUCGCGCCAGAGGGUGGCCUCUCUGGAGCUCGGCACCGUGGCUGACAAGGACAAGGAAGCCUGCAUGGAGGAGAUCCUCAAACUCAAGUCCCUGCUCAGCACCAAGAGGGAACAGAUCGCAACACUGAGGACAGUCCUCAAGGCCAACAAGCAGACAGCUGAAGUCGCUCUGGCCAAUCUGAAGAGCAAGUAUGAGAAUGAAAAGGCCAUGGUAACGGAGACCAUGAUGAAAUUGAGGAACGAGCUCAAAGCCCUGAAGGAGGAUGCUGCCACCUUUUCAUCUCUCAGAGCGAUGUUUGCCACACGUUGUGACGAAUACGUCACUCAGCUGGAUGAGAUGCAGAGGCAGCUGGCUGCAGCAGAGGAUGAGAAGAAGACCCUCAACUCCCUGCUGCGGAUGGCUAUUCAGCAGAAACUGGCCCUGACUCAGCGUCUGGAAGACCUGGAGUUCGACCACGAGCAGACCCGCCGGGGAGGCAACACCGGCCGGGCAAAGGCCCGCAGCAAGGCCGCCAGCGGCACCUCCAACAACCCCCACGUAAGUCAGAGUCUCACCUGCUCUGGCUCCGGCCGACCAGAGCUCAACAAUGCCAUGCCCAAUGGCAUUCUGGGAGGCCCGCCGGUCUUUUGCAGCGAGAAGUACAAGAUCUACUGUGACUGAGGCGGCUGAGAAGUCCGCAAGGGACUGCUGUGUACAGAGGGGAGGGGGCCUGCGGGCUGAACCCUCCCUGCCUUAGUGUUAAAGAGCCCCACUCGCUCGCUUAGCUCCCUGGCCAGCCUGCGCUCCUCUAGGGACUGCUGUGUUACUAACCUGGCUGCUCGUGUGUGCUAGUGUAAACGCUUAGGGGAAUGCAGAUGUAUGUACAGUGUGCACUAGACGUUUGGACUGUAGUAGACAUAUAUGGCAUGUGGAUUAUAGGGCCCCGGUUAUAUUGGGGGUUUUGUGGGUCUAAUGGAGUGUCUAUUCUUUCCGCUGUCACGGUGCCGUACGUAUGAUGUAAAAGGUGGCAGCUUUUGUGCUUGUUUGUUCUGGCCCCCUGAGUGUAUUGCCUGGUAACAGUCACACAUUGUGGGGGUGAGGACUUGUAAAGAAGACGUCGAUCUGACGGUCUUGUGUCUGACGGCAUUGGUGCUCCUUUGAAAAAAGCCCCCUUCUCUUCCCUUGCCUCUCCGUCCUGGCCCCCCAGGACUGACCUGUGUCCAGCAGCCCACUGUCUAAUCAAGUCACUCUCGAAUAACAAGGAACUUUGAAGACAAAGCAACUAAAAUAUGCAAUCUCCCCCCGCUUACAUGCUAGGGGAGCACACUAUGAUCCUAUACAAAUAUUAACAAAGUCACAAGUGGGUUGGUUACUGGUUUUAUGAUGGAACUGUGUGGGCAGAAAAGGAGCACCUGUGGCCACAGGUGUUUAUUUCAGGAUCUUUUUAAAGCUGUGAUGCUAGCACACCAAUACAAUAGGGUCUGUAGAAUCGCAUGGCUUUGCAGCUGAAAACGCUUAUGAGCUUUUUAACUGUUUUUCUGUUGUCAGGUGUGUGGUACAAGACUACGUCAUGUACUACAGGGCUCUACAUUGUAAAGAGAGGAGUUAUUCGGUGUCUGGUGAAAUACAGGAGGGCUAUUCCAUGUGACCCAUUUUGUUGCGAUGGAUUCUUUCAGAGCCAUAUCAUUAUAAGAGAGAAAGAAACGUUUGACAAAUCGAUCUCCACACCCAAAUUAAGUGCACUUCAGCAUAGGUGCCUCAGGUUCCUGCUUCUGUUAAAACGGAUAUAAUUAUUACUGUGAACAGAGAUACAAUAUAGUUUUGAUCAAAGAUGAUUUUUUAAUUAUGGAGUAAAUCCUAGAAGAGCACAAAUCAAAAAAGGCACCCACAUGUGCACAAUAAAUCUGCAAACUAACCGACCACUCGGCAAAAAGUGCCUGUCGACCCAAUCUGUUGAUGUAAAGCCCUGUCCUCGUGUCUCAACUUGAGCGAAAUGCUGUUCUUUUCCUCCUCUCCCCCCACCCUCUGUCUCCCUGAUUGCUCAGAGCUCUCGAAUAAUUUCUGUGUGGUUUACGUGGCUGAAAACCUUUCCUCAUGUCUCUAAUCUGUGUCUUGUCGCUUGGUCGCCAUAACGACCUUCUCUCCUUUUAGAUUGUCAGCAGCUUGCUCCCCCAGCGUCACCACUCACCCUUUAACUAGAAUGAAGAAUAGUGGGGAAAGAAUAUUAUUGUCAGGUAACGUCCUCACAUACGAUGCGUUCCCGAUAUUUGCCUGUGUGUACAUCAGCAUUUACGUUAAGGACCCUCAUGUGUGUAUUAUGUUUUUAACUUUUUGCAAAUGGAGGGUUGCUCAUUCUUUGUUUUGUGGUGUGUGAGGACAGAGCGGCGUACUGUUUUUGUAUCCACAAUAGCUUUAACCCCUUGCAAGCUAGCAUUACGCAAAUAGAAAAAAAAAUAUAAGUGGGGCUUGUGUUUAAUAAAUCCAUGUACUGCUUGUGGAUCAUAGACACAUUAGCUUUAUGAUGCUAAAAGCAGGGUUGAUGUGAGGAAACCCUGCAAGGUUGAUCAAAUUAUGCGUUUUCUACUACCACUAUGCUAUAAAAGAAAAUCUAUAUUCUUAAUAUGAUCAUGUUCAGGUUAUAAUCUUGCAGGAUGGUACUACAGUAUUUCUUUCUCUCAGAUACAAAGAGAGAGAGCUUGAUUAUUCCUCUGAAAAUGGAAAAGCGGUCAACCCUGCUUGCAUCCGUAAGCCACAGCGCACAGCAUGGAGACAAGGCUAUCGUACACACACCUCCUUCGAGGUCAAUCACUCUUACGUUUGAGAUUCUCUUAACUUACAAGUGUGAUAUAUAUUGUUUCUAUCAGUUUGCGCUGACGGAGAAAAGGUUCGGGGGAGUAGAGGAGGGAGAACUACUCAUGUUGUAAACCAGCUCCUGAGAGAGGAGAUAAGAAAGCCAAACAUGCUGGUGAAGAAAGCCAGAUGUCUGGCUGAAAGCUGACUCUCAAACUGUGGAGAAAUGAGUCCAGGGGUUUCCUAAGGGAGAAACUCUUGGUGAUUUUGGAGGAAAUAUAAAGAAACUUAAGACUGGUUGCUCAAUCGACCAGAGGACAUUGAUUCAAAUUAGUUGAGCUUGUAACCCGUCCCCUUGCAUAGGCUCGCUGAGCAGUAGAUAGACCCCAGGAUGUGAUUGUGACUAGAACCCCGCCUCCUUUAUAUAGGUGAAUUCGCUCCGUCUAGUUUGGAAUCAAUGUCUGGCUUAUCUGGUGUCAUGACAGCAUGCCACCUAAAAAGCUCCUCCUACCUCGGCUUGCAGGCUCCUCCCAUGUCACCUUUGAGUUUUACCACAUGAUGCAUCCAGUCUCUGAUUUAUAGUAAGCCUGCAUGUCAACAACAUAACUCAUUUUUUCAUUAACUUGCAUGGCAUAUGAGAAAAAUCCAUCUCCUUUGACUUGGCGUUGGUGGGAUAUGGUUUCAACUCUUUCCUCUUGGUACUUGUGAGUCAUUGGCUUCCUAAUUGCACCCGCAGGAGAAUAUGUGGCGAAUGUGUUCAGCUCCUCACCAACAUGUCGACGAUGUUAAAAACCUCCUGACAUAACAUCGGGCUCCUAACAUGGCUUCCGUUGCUUUGACUAACUCCAGCCGCCGCCUGCUUUGUCAUGUGGGCCCAGCUGCUGUUAACAGUCGCUCUAAAUUGACAAAUAAUGCUAACGCUGAUCAUUUUGUUUGUUUCUCCAUUUUGCAGUAAUUACAGUAGUUCCGCGCGGAUGACGAAGUACCAACACAAGGUCCAUUCUCACUGCUGAUUGAGUUCGCCGAAAAGAGUUAGCAUUAAUAGACCAUUUGGACUCAAAGACAUACAAAAAAACGAAAAUGAAAACACUGAUUUCCAGUCGAGUAAACUGUCCUUAUUGCUUUUAAAAUGUGAUGGCUCUUAAAAUGCGUGCUGCUGCUGCUGCUGCUGGAAGCCAAUUUCUCACAGGUCCAAUGAACUGACCAGAGUCUGUGUGUGACUGGCAGAUCUAACCCUCCAAUGAGAAGCCAGGGGAGAUGGUUGUAUUCUCAAUGUAAAUCAACAAGCUGUUUGGUCUGGUUUCAUCUUUUUUUUGUUUUGUUUUAGUUUAUUGACUAUUUUUUUUAAUCUGUGCACUUUCAUUAUAUUGGAUUAUAACAGACUAUUAUUAACCUAUAGGAAACUGUGGUAGUACUAUGGUUUGUGAGUUAUACAGUGUAAGUAAUAACACAAUAGGAUUAUACGUCCUCCUGAAUCAUUUGAACUUAAACUAUUUACUCAAGCAAAGGCUCCACAAACCACAGACCUACUAUUAUCCUCAAGAUUUUAUCCAUCAAAUAAUCAUUUUAAAAAUCAUUUUGUUACAUCAUAUGUUAUGCUGU